AUGGCGGUGCACUCCAAACCAAUUCUGCCCGACCGGUCGAUCAAGAGCGUCGUUUCGCAGCUGCUAGAGCUCUAUGUUGCAAACCGCACACGCAUCUCCCGUGCCGUCUACUUAACACUCCUGCUCGCCCUCGUAAACCGUAUCCGUCAUGCUAUAUCUGAGCAAAAGGCCGCCUCUGCUCGCGAAGCAGCGAAAAGAAACUCAGGCACAACAUCAAGCGAUGCGCAAGACUCAGCAAGUAAGAAGAAGGUUGAGCUAAAUCGCGAGUUUUUCCGGUCGCUGUUGAAGUUGCUGAAGAUUGUUAUACCGGGCGCCGCGAGUAAGGAAGCUAGGCUGCUCUUAAGUCAUAGCUUCUUCCUCGUCGUGCGAACUCUUAUCAGUCUAAAGGUAGCGGAGAUGGAUGGCGCAAUUGUCAAGGCCCUCGUCAAAGGAAGUGGAAAGGAAUUCUUGACGAGGAUAGUAUGGUGGAUGCUGAUUGCUAUGCCUGCGACCUUCACUAACUCUAUGCUAUCAUACCAUCAGGCCGAACUCUCACUGAAGUACCGAACACGGUUGACUCAAUAUAUUCACGAUCAAUAUCUCUCCAAGCUCACGUUCUAUGGCAUAUCUGCUUUGGAUGAUCGGAUAAAGAACCCCGAUCAGGUAAUAUCGGUAGAUGUUGCUAAGUUCUCAAAUAGUCUGGCUGAGCUAUACAGUAACUUAGCCAAGCCGUUACUAGAUAUGACAAUUUAUACGUGGUCAUUAUCUAAGAGCGUUGGUGGCGAGGGUGUGGUUUUCAUGUCUCUGCUUGUUCAGCUAUCGGCCAACGUCAUGCGAGCCCUCACCCCGCCUUUCGGCAAAUAUGUUGCUGAUGAAGCACGACUAGAGGGCGAGUUUCGGUUCCAACACUCCAGGCUCAUAGACCACAGUGAAGAGGUAGCCCUCUAUCACGGACACGAAGUGGAGAAAGACACACUUGAUAAGGGGUAUUUUACACUUAUCAAGCAUGUGAAUUAUAUCCUCCGGCGGCGGUUCUAUCACGGUAUCAUGGAAGAUUUUGUGAUAAAGUACUUCUGGGGAGCACUAGGUCUCUUGCUCUGUAGUGUACCAGUGUUCUUUAAACUUCCCGGUCAGCUAGGUGACACUAUAAGCAUGGGUGAUCGGACAGAGACCUUCGUCACAAACCGUCGUAUGCUGUUGAGUGCAUCGGAUGCCUUUGGCCGAAUCAUGUUUUCGUAUCGCGAAAUAAUGGAGCUGGCUGGUUACACGUCUCGUGUAGCAUCUCUGUUACAGGUGAUGGACGAUAUACAGGCGGGACAUUUCGAGAAGAAGCUUGUAUCAAGCUCAGGCACCGAGGAGCACGAGGCUGUGUUAAAAGGUCGCGGCAAAGUGGUUGAGAGCAAGGAUAUCGAGUUCAUCGAUGUUCCUAUCAUCUCGCCCAAUGGGGAUGUGCUUGUGAAAGCAUUGUCCUUCUCUUUGAAACAAGGCGAUCAUCUUCUGGUCGUCGGUCCCAAUGGUUGCGGCAAGUCAAGUCUUUUCCGUAUUCUGGGUGGCUUGUGGCCGGUCUAUGGUGGUACUGUGUACAAACCACCUUUUACAGACAUUUUCUAUAUACCCCAGAGACCAUAUCUAUCCCGAGGCAGUUUGCGCCAGCAAAUCACCUACCCGGAUAGCCUGCGUGCUGUACGAGCACGUGGAGUAACCGACGCUCAAUUACUUGAUAUAUUGAAGAUUCUAUCCCUUGAACAUCUAGUGGAGCUUUACCCCGAAGGCUGGGACGCUGAAGCCGAAUGGCGAGAUGUCCUUUCAGGGGGGUUGCAACAACGCGUAGCUAUGGCCCGGUUAUUCUAUCACAAGCCGAGAUACGCGAUCCUUGACGAGUGUACGAGCAGUGUAACAUUAGAGACGGAGAAGAUUAUGUACGAUAAUGCGAAGGCGCUGGGCAUCACUCUUAUGACUGUUAGUCAUAGACGGAGUCUUUGGAAAUACCACAGCAGAAUUCUGCAAUUUGAUGGACAAGGGAACUAUGUCUUCACGAAGCUGGAUGCUGAAAAACGGUUACAGCUCGAAGAUGAGAAAGAAGAUCUGGAGGUGUUACUGAGACAAGUUCCCGAGAUUGAGAGGCGAAUAGGCGAAUUGACAGCCGAAUAG